GGUUUAGCGACACGGUGAUAAACUGGCCGAACUUCCCAACUUUAAGAAUCGACCGGACUGAUUAGGGAAAUGGUCGUAUGAAUUCUAGAACUUUACGAAACACUAGUAUUUUUUACAUGCCAUUUCCGUUGUAAUAUAGGCAUGUUAGAUUUAAGCAAAGGAUUAGUUUAUAUAAGGUAUUGCCUUAUUGUGUGAACUCUUUAAAUGUCAGGUAAGUGACGAAAUGAAAGUGCACAGAUUAUAUACCUGGAUGGAUUAAAACAAACUUAUAAUCGCGGAUAGCGGCUUAUUCGAUCUGGACGCAUGCACACUUUAGUGUAUCCACGUGUAUUUUAUUGGAUUUGGAUAUCUUACUUGUGUUAAAAAGCCCUUGCAUGGAAACUGUUUUGUUUACGUCAUCGCUUCAAUGACCCUUGGACUUCGGAAUGAAAGAGUUUGAGAAUCUUUAUUUAUCGCUGAAAAUCUUUGAGAUGGGAACACAACACUAUUGGGAGAUCGUAAAGAACGGCCUCUCGAUCUGUUGCAUGCGUUAAACGCUUUGACAGCUAUUCAAUUGGGAAUUAUUUCCAUUUAAAAAUCUUUCAGCACAAUCUUCUGUUUGAAUCACAAACCUUUAUUUAAAUCAGAGGCUAAAUACAUUUAUUUUGGAUGUUAUUUAAGUCACGGUUAUGCGGAGUUAUAUUGAUAUCAUGAAAGAUCUCCAACGGUUGCCUACUGUGAACAGUUAAUACUAGCCCGGCUUUAAUUCCUAUGCAGGUUUAAUAUAGAUCCGUAUCCAGCUCUGCCGGACGGAGAGACAAUAACGCUAAUACAUUAUUAUCGACCAGUAAUACCUAAAGAGGAUUUUUGUUUGUUUGUGAUUUAAGCUGCAAGUUCCCGAGCUCCCGAUGUCUCUAACAGGGGCUCUCAAACUGCCCCCAAUCGCCGACACGGGAGGGGAAGGCAAUGUCGGUGUGGAUGGAAGAAUGAUCACCAAGACCGGGCCUCAGCAGCAGAUGAUAUAUCGCAGUGUGCCCCCCAAGCCGUCACACUUCACGUUCUCCGAUAUGCUGGCUCCUAGCCCCACCGGUCAGAAGCAGGGCCGCACCACCGUGGUCUCCUCCAACACACCGGCGGAGUACGAGGAGAGGUUCAAGUCAAAGCCUCUCUCUAAACCCAAGGUGGUGGAAUUCGACGUAGGGCGAUUGUCGAACGAUUCCAAACGACGGAAAGUCAACGGAUUUUUCCCGCCCGUCAAACUCCGACGCUCCGUGUCCACUCGAGUGACGUCAUCAGAAAUGAUGGAGACUCCAAUAAUGGCAACAAGCAGGAUGCAGCUUAUUCCGACAGCCUACACGGAAGUGCGCAGUAAGUCGGAGCGCAUUGAAAGGAACAAAACUCCUAUGUCCUUUCGGAAGACACCGGAAUCUAUCAAAACUGCGCAAACUGCACCAGAAGUGAGCAUAAUAUACCCAAAUAUAAUAUCAGAAAAUGUUGAGUGUGACGAUUUAAGUUUACUACCGCCUCCAAAAAGAAUUCUACCUCGGCGGGAGCUUCCGUGGGUGUUUAGAUAUAAAGUGAAGAGAAACAUGAAUGAACUGGCAAAAAUCAUGGCCAGUCGGCCCUCGCCUACACCGAUUCCUGAACAGCUUCCAACAUAGAACAUUUCCUUAAAGUGCUGCAAUUUGUCGUUGACUGUGAUAUUUGAACUGUGUUAGUAUAUAACAUUUUGUUCGUUGUUAUAGUUUAUUUCUUAAGGUUUUCUCUUGGAAAUCUAAAUCCAUACACGCGUCUUUCAUUUUCGCAAGUUUCGUUAUGAAAGAAACAGGCAAUUUUUCACCAUUACAUAUUUUGUAAUGAAGUGUUUACAUGAGAAUGUGUAUCAGUGUGAACAUUAAAUUUCUAUUUGACUGUU